AUGUUCUUUUUGCUUCUUGCUAUCGUGUCUACAGUUUCUGCAGCAGGAAAUACCUGCAAAACUGGAAACGUAGUGAAUAGACUAGUAAACUCCCAACCGUAUUACUGGCCAACCACGUGGAAUGAAAAUCAGACAACACCGAGUCUGGCAAAGGAUCAAACAUUUAGUUGGAUUGUAACUGUUCCAAAAGGCUACUAUGCAAAAUUGAGUAUCAGUGGAAAGACAACUGACAAAGACUCCCGAUUCCAGAUUAUUGAUUCUGCUGGAAAUUUGAUACAAACAACCACCGAAGGAAUGCAACCGUAUUAUUUCCCACCAGCAAAAUUCACACUCGCUGUUUCCAACAAAGCAGUUGCCACGUUUGCAUUCAAGAUUCAAUGGUUGUUACUCCCAACCGAAAUCACCAGUUACAAUAGCGUUGGACCUCAAGUGACUCUUAUCAAUGCCACCAAUUCUCUGUACUAUCGUACGUACUAUGCACCGCAAGGGGUCUCGUUACUUGCAUUCCCAGUGAGCACAACGAGUUAUUAUUCUCUCAGGAGCACACUAGUUUUUGAAGGGUCAAGCCUUGAUGGCACAUAUAUUUCAAAUCUGUACUCACUAUACCAAACCAAUAACCAAUGGAUUUCCAAAGAUGACACAAUUGUUCUUGUCAACCUUGAAGCCAGUAAAAAUGCUGAUCUUCUUUUGAUUCAAGAAGCUUUACGUAUCAAAGACAUAACCUUCACAGAACUGAUUCCCACAGUAAAUUCUAAAGUUUCGGUCACAGUAAACAGUACAAAGAAGAAGACAGCUCUUGUCGCUGCAUAUCAAGUGAAACAGACACUCACUGAUGUUCAGAUGGACACUGCGGAUUAUGUUACUAUUUACUACGGUUCCCUCGACCCUUACAACUUCUAUAAGAAUUUUACCAAAACUCAAUUCCAAGAAGUUCUUCCGAUGAACUUUGACAACUCUGGCGGGAAUGUGUAUGAAUUUUACGUCUACAAUGGAAAGGCAACGUUCACAUUCCAGUUUUAA